AUGGUCCGUGUAUUUCUCUACCAUGCUAGAAUCAUACAUAUUAUAACAAUAUGGACAAUAAAGAUCCGAUGUGAGUUUUUAGGAAACUCCAUUGAAGGAGUAACAACAUAUGUGGAACCCAUAUCUCCUCUACACAGUGGAGACAGUGGAUUCAUUGCAUUUCCACUCUGUGCCCACUACCAGAUGAGGAUUGAUUCGCUUACUAAUUGUUCCGAUGAAUAAAUCAUCGAGUCUGUCUUAAAAACCUCUUUUAGUAUUUUGCUCUCCGUCUUGAUUGGUUCCGAAACACCGCUAUCUGCAUAUUGCCCUGGAGCUCCCAUGAAGCUUACCAGGUCAUCGAGAAACAGUCUAGGAUAUCGAAGAAAGCUCUUCUGACAUUGCUUUUUUACUUUGAUUGAUUUCGAACAUUGGAGUUGUCUUGUUAUUUUUGCACAAAGAUCUUGUAAUAUAUAUUGUGUACUAAGAGAUAUAUAUAUAUAUUGUAUCUCUUUCUAAUCAGCAAAUAUCUCACCACUGGAGUUGCUGAUGUCAUGGUGAGGAAGUUAGAAGAGAUCAAAGGAAGCUCACCGAGAAGCUCGAGCCCUUCCAGGAGAAUGAGAGAUAUGGCAUUCUGAGCCUUCUUUGUUUACUCCCUCAUCGUCGAUGUUAGACAGCUUUUCUUCUUUUUCUUGCUGAAAGGCUUCUUGAUUUGCUGGCUCGAUAGAAUUGUUUUGUUUGUGCUUGUUUGUUGUUACUUGUUAGUGUGCAAUUUGCAACAUGGAUCCACAAAAUUUGCUUGCUUGUUUGGUCAAACCCACUGUAUAUUACGCAAAAGAGCCGACUUUAUUUCAAUAAAUAAAUGUGAUGUUUGUUAUCACAAG